AUGUGGAAGCAGAUUUUGAGUAAACUCCCUCGCAAAUCCUCAAAAUUGGAUGCGGAUUCGGCAAGAACACCUACUUCUGGCAUCAAUACCUCAUCCCCUGGUUCAGGCCGGGCUAAUGCUGCUAGCCCUGCCGUUAAACGGGCUGCAGUUUUCCCUGCCAGUGCGAUUGCCGGCAUUGAACCAUUGCUGGCAUUUAAAGAUGUACCAAGCUCUGAAAAAAUGAAUCUUUUCAUCAGUAAGUUGAGCCUCUGCUGCGUGGUGUUUGACUUCACAGACCCUGUGAAAAACACCCCAGAAAAGGAGCUCAAACGAGCCACACUGCUUGAGCUUCUUGAUUUUGUAUCGCAGAAUUCCACAAAGUUCUCGGAGCCUGCAAUUUUAGCUUCAUUCAAAAUGUGCUCCAUUAAUUUAUUUCGUGAUUUCCCUCCUAGUUAUCGGUCAAGUAACACCAAUUUAGGUGAAAACGACAAUGACUCCGAGCCAACAUUUGAUCCUGCGUGGUCUCACUUGCAAAUUGUAUAUGAUUUCUUGCUCAAGUUUGUGACUUCACCUUCGCUGGAAGCAAAGGUCGCAAAGAAGUAUAUAAACCAUUCCUUUAUUUUAAGGACUAUUGACUUGUUUCAAUCUGAGGAUCCCAGGGAAAGGGAUUGUCUGAAGGCAAUUCUGCAUAGGAUUUAUGGGAAGUUUAUGGUUCACCGGCCAUUUGUAAGGAAGAGUAUGAGUCAUGUGUUCUACAGAUUUGUGUUUGAGACCGAGAAGCAUAAUGGGAUUGCAGAGUUAUUGGAAAUUUUUGGGAGUGUGAUUACUGGAUUUGCUUUGCCGUUGAAGGAGGAGCACAAGAUUUUUCUUUGGAGGGCAUUGAUUCCGCUGCACAAGCCAAAGUCGCUGGGGGUUUACUUUCAGCAGCUGUCAUAUUGUGUGACACAGUUUAUAGAGAAAGAGCCAAAGUUGGCCGGUGGUGUGAUUAAGGGUCUAUUGAAAUACUGGCCAAUCACAAAUAGUCAGAAGGAGGUAAUGUUCUUAGGUGAGUUGGAGGAGAUUCUGGAAGCCAUUAACAUGGCUGAGUUCCAAAAAGUCAUGGUUCCAUUAUUCUGGCGGAUUGGACAAUGUAUCAAUAGCUACCAUUUUCAGGUAGCCGAAAGGGCUCUGUUCCUAUGGAACAAUGACCAAGUUAUCAAUUUAAUUGCACAUAACCGGCAUGUAAUUCUGCCCAUUGUACUCCCGGCUUUAGAAAGCAAUGCUCAAAACCACUGGAACCAGGCUGUGCUCAACUUAACCUUAAACGUAAAAAAGAUGUUCUCAGAAAUGGAUGAUGCUCUGGUCCUUUCUUGCUUUUCCCGUUACAAUGAGGAACAAGAAAAGUUAAACUUCACAGUCAAGAAGCGGAAGGAAGCGUGGGAGCUCUUGGAGAAUGCUGCUAGUCGCCAGCCAAUAGCUGGAAACACUGCAGUUCUUGUAACUCCUUGA